UGCCACCGGCGGCAUGAAAGGGGACACACGCAACACUGAGGAGGAACUGAGAAUGAAUGACCGCGUUCAAACAAAGUGGCCGUGAGUUUCUGUUGGGAAAGCAUCAAGAUCUGUGGCAAACUGUGCAGGAUUGCCUUCAUCUCCAAAAUCCGGGUUGCAGCCGGUGAUUGGCAGGAGGAGGAGAGUCUGACAGAGGAGCAGAGGAAUGUUGGCAGCCAUUUUGUCUGAGCUCAACAACGGAGGAAACAUGGAUUCUUCACAGAAAAAAUGUAAACACAGCAAUGGAGUGAGAUGUGGGACCUCUGAGGAGGAUAAGGAUGGUUCGGCAACAGCAAAAAGAGAUGAAUCACUGAGUUGUGAGCAAUGUGGCAAGACUUUUAUCACAGCAAAAAAGCUAAGAAUUCACAAACGUAUUCACACUGUGGACAAACCAUUCAGUUGUGAUCAGUGUGGAAAGGCUUUUACUCAGAAGAGUCACUUAAAAAGCCAUCAACUCAUUCACAGUGGAGUUAAACCAUUCAACUGUGAUCAGUGUGGAAAGGCUUUUACUGACAAGAGUAACUUAAAAACCCAUCAACUCAUUCACAGUGGAGUUAAACUAUUCAACUGUGAUCAGUGUGGAAAGGCUUUUACUAAGAAGAGUACUUUAACAAGCCAUCGACUCAUUCACAGUGGAGUUAAACCAUUCAGCUGUGAUCAGUGUGGAAAGGCUUUUACUCACAAGAGUAACUUAAAAACCCAUCAACUCAUUCACAGUGGAGUUAAACCAUUCAACUGCAAUCAGUGUGGAAAGGCUUUUACUCAGAAGAGUCACUUAAUAAGACAUCAACUCAUUCACAGUGGAGUUAAACCAUUCAACUGUAAUCAGUGUGGAAAGGCUUUUACUCUGAAGAGUGAUCUCGCAAGUCAUCAACUCAUUCACAGUGGAGUUAAACCAUUCAGCUGUGAUCAGUGUGGAAAGGCUUUUACUCAGAGGAGUAACUUAAAAAGUCAUCAACUCAUUCACAGUGGAGUUAAACCAUUCAACUGUGAUCAGUGUGUGAAAACCUUUACUCGACAUGAACAGUUGUUGAUCCAUCAAUGCCCCCAUUCUGGUAGAAAGCGGUACCACUGUGACUCCUGUGAAAAAACUUUCAAGCACCAACAGAGCUUAAAAUGUCACCAACGCAUCCACACUGGACAUGAUGUUUACGUAUGUGAUCACUGUGGUAAACCAUUUGUAUUGUACUCACAGUUAAAAGCUCAUGAAGUGACCCACACUGGGGUUAAACCAUACAUUUGUGACCAAUGUGGGAAACGCUACAGCUACAUUGCAAACCUCAAAGUUCACCAACGUGUCCACACUGGGGAGAGACCAUACAGAUGUGACAAGUGUAAGAAGACUUUUUCAACUUUGGGUUCCCUGAAACAACACCAGCAGAUCCACACCAGAAAGAAAGCAUUCAAUCAGUGUCACAGUGAGCGGAAUGGAACAGUUUGUUGAGGCGGCGAUCCCCAAAGAAGAGAGAUCUGGGGUGAAGAAGGCUGUUACUGACAACUGUCAGCGAGAGAGACAGAUGGGGGACAGCUCAGAUGCAGAUGGGGAAGUAAGGCCAAAAAUAGAGUAGGCCACUUCAGCUGCAGGCACCCCGGCUGCAGAGCAUGGUAGCUGACUCAGUGAUUGGAACAUCAGAGAGCUCAUAGGCAAGAGGGAGCUCAUUGGCAGGGGAAUGAUGAAGUUGAUCACUUUGUUCAAAUGAGAAAAAUCGUCUUUGUUGAGAUUGAGAAGUGGGACGAGACUCCAAGAGGAAAGGAGGUCCCAGUGGGGUACGUGAAGGAGGGGGUGCAGACCGUACAUGAGAGUACAGGGCAUGCUGGCAUCACUCCAACACGGAGAGAGCUGGAGAGGCACCGUCUUUGGAUUUCUAAGACCGGAAUACGCCGUGUCGUGCAGAACUGUGAGGUGUGUGGAUUACAACACUGGUCACAGAAGACAGCGGGUAGGAGUGCUCACUCUGAAGCACCGUUCCAAGUGAGUGGGGAAAGAAGAAAGGUGAGAGAUACCUUUUGGUGCUUGUAGAUUCUGUGUCAGAAUGUGAUUAUCAGUCCAGUGAAGAAAGCUCAGGGAAGUUGUGUAAUCUCUAUGCUAGAGCAAGUGUGCGGCAAUUUGGGAUUACCUAAGGAGCUUAGGACUGAUAAUGAGACACUUUUCACAGUGAGACAGUAAUGGAGUACUGUUGAAGAAAAGGAGUCCAGGGCGUGGAGCAGCUGAAGCCAGUUCGAGAUUAGGAGAACCAGGAACGGGAAAAUGGCUAUGAGCACGCUGAAUCUUCCACCCUUCAUCGCUGUGGCAGUGGUGAAGGGUGUUGUUGUUUUGAGAAGAGCCACAACUGGGCUGUGGAGUGGCACAGCUCUUAAGAAACUGGAGUAUGCUAAGAAUUAAUUUUUGUCAGAAGGAAAUGAGGAUGUUACAGUGCGGAAAGAGGAACGCAGGAGUCGCCUGGCGGGGCCUCUCUGACGGGCCGAGCAGAGUGAGAUCAGCAAGGAGGAGACUGCUGACUCCAUGGAUUAUCCUAUGCCCAGUCGGGUGAAGGUACUGAAGGUGAGCUCCAGAAAAGGGGUGAAGAAGGAUAUACAGUUUUUUCCAUGCUGGAUGUAUCCAAGAGAAAAGCAGUGGAGCAGAAACCUGCAUUCAAAGAGUGGAUUAAAAGCGACUGCAGAAGUUGAAACCAGGUGGAGCUGGGGAGCUGUCUGAGUAUCAGCGAGCUGUACCUGGGUAACCACGCUCAACUGGGAGACCUUUUUUGAAGGUUCCUACCUGAAGGAUUUACUUGGACUGACCAGAAGGAUUUCGGAUAUUGGUACAACGCCUGUGGGUGCUGAACUCCCCGUAGCUGAAUAUGGUGCAAGGGAGACACCCCAGAAGAAAUACAAAGGCCAAAAUUAACAGGCUUACCUGUAUGCUUGCUCACUGCUGAACAUUUAAUUAAACUAAUAAUCAACCACUGUGUUAUCCCGAAGUUCAUGGUUUUUAUCAGAAAGAAGGAAAGGAAAGAAAUGUCUGUUUCCGGAUCCCAAGAAGGGGGUGUUGUGAAGCAUGGAGAUAUGGGAUCCCAAACCAGCCAUUUAUAGGGGCUGACUGGGAUCUCAUAGAAGGGGAUGUUGUGAAGCAUGGAGAUAUGAGAUCCCAGAAUCAGCCACAAAAGGGAGACUCUGACAGAACAACAGCUAAAUAAGGGAACAUUGUGAUAUUAUAACCUGUGAUUUAGGAUCAAAUUAUGCCAUAACCUAAUGAAUGAGUUUGAACUAACCAAGCGUCUAUUCUUACAUUCUUUAAUGUUGAAACUGUGUAAAAAUCAGAAGUGUGUCUCACCGUAAAAAGUGAGGGUUUGAUUAUUUUUGAAAGGUUGUCUUGAUAAUCUUUGUUUUAAGAAGUAACCAGGUCAGAAGAGCAGCUCACUGUGAAAAGUGAUGUUUUUGGUUACCAUAGGAAACUGAUGUUUUUGAUAGAUUUGACUAAAAGGAGGAACUUAUGCUUUAUGAAAUGGGAAUGCUUUUAAGAGUUUUGAUUACUCUGAAACUGAGAUGUUUUAGGAUGAGUUUUGACUACUGUUAAAAUAAGAGGUUUUUAACUUUGUAUUGAGAUAAGAAGUCAAGAGCUAAGUGAACUAGGGUCAAGUGUUCACCGUAAAGAAUAGAUUGGGGAUUUUUAUAAGUCUGGAAGAUGGGUGACUGGCUGUCUAGACAGUCCAGAAUAGAUAGUUUCAGUUCCUUAAAAGUGGAAGUGUCCAUGCGGUCGGUGCAUGGUACAAGUGUGCGAGUUGGGAGGGGGUAGAAAUGAAGCUAUUGCUCAAAUUAAUUUAGUAUGAGAUCAUUGCUAUGUUAAUUAAGGGUGCAGUCAUUACAUAUGCAAGAGGUUCAGUUCACUAUAAAUUACAUCUGAUCGAGACGCAAGUUGGGAGUCGUCGUGGGGUAGCCACUUGUUGCAAUCCAGACAUGAGUUCUGAGCACAAGGGAGGAUUGCCACGUGACUUUGGAUGAGUGGAUUAACUUGGUCUGCAAAAGGAAUAACUGUUCUGAUGGAAUUAUGGAUUAUAGGAGCUGCUCUUUCUGCAUUGAUGGAGUAUUACUGGAUCUAUUAUUUCCAAAGGAAUAACACCAGAGUGGAUUACAACAAAGGUUUUAUUGGCCAAACAGCAAAACUGGAUGCAUGCAGAUCUGAAAUCUGGACUACGCUCUCUCCAGCUUCCCCCUGGGUUCCUGUCCGGUCUCAGGUGAGCAGCCGGGUGUGGCCACACCUUGACUGCUCUCUCCCUCCAAAUUACAUAUUUUGGGUGAUUAUUACUCUUCUUUUAGGAAAGCAUAAUACCAGUUAGGAGUUAGAAUGAGUGAUUUGAAUAUUAUCUGUUUGAUUAUUUGUCUGAUGAUUUAUUGGCUUAUCCUUUUGCCCUGCUAAAUAUAUUUUAAUAAAGCAUUAUUCUGCAAUUAAAGACAAAAAAAUUGCAAGUGCUAUUUUUA